AUGAAAAGCAAUUUCCACAAUAACGUUACGGUGCAGGCAACUUAGACACAAGCUCAAACUAGAGUCAACAAAAACAUGUUAAGUUAUGGAUCUUUCUUGCGGUAACUCAUCAAGUGAUGAAAAUGAUGUAAAACCUACAUUUCUACUAAGUCCAACUAGUUCAAGCUCUUUGGGUCUAUCUUCGGACGUAAGCUGCAGUCCCAAAAAGUGGUCUCCUCGAUUUCUUCAAGAUGGUAUACGUAAAAGUGCGUUUUUGCCUUACAAGCAGCAAAGUAGUUCGUGCAAUACGGUAUUAACUAAUUUGCAACGGGGAAACACUCAAGCUGAAACACCAGUGCCGGAACCUACAGAAAUUAACUUUCAUAUGAAAGCUGGUCAAGGAGAGUUGACUGAAGAAGAAAUUGAAAGAGAAAAGAAUGUGGAUAUAGUGGAUGGUGAAAAUUUGACAGCACUGCACUGGGCCUGUGCGUAUGGGCAAUUCAGUACUGUCGAACACCUUUUGAAACAUGGAGCAAUGGUAAAUGUAAAAGGAUCAGAAGAAGAAUGCCCUCUUAUUUUAGCUGCAAGUGGUGGUCAUCAUGAUAUUGUCAGGUUACUCAUCAACCAUGGAGCUGAUGUUAAUCAAGUGGAUCACAUGUGUAAUACAGCACUGAUGUAUGCUGCUAAAGGAAAUCAUCCACAUACCUGUCAAGAGUUGUUGCAACACGGAGCAAAAUUCGCUUUGGUAAAUUUAAAUGAUGAUACGGCCCAUAAAGUCGCCAUAGACAACAAUAGUACAUUGGCUCAAACUGUGAUUGAAAAUUUCAUUAUAUCGAAGUUAGAGGCUUCCACCACUGCUUCUGAAAGGAUUGAUUGAACUAGGCAUGUACAAGACAUCGAAUUGAAACAUGCUACCUAAUGCUGAAUAUAUGGACCUCUCCUGGAUUCAUGUAGAUUUUUUUAAUAUUUUUUAGUAGUGUCACCACCCCAAACUUGUAUAAUAAAAUAAUAUUGGCGGCCA